AUGACAGAAUCAGUACGGAAAAUUACAAGAAGAAGAACCGGAUGCAGGCGUUGCAAAAAGUCUAAAAUUAGAUGUGAUGAGACAAAGCCUAAGUGUCUUGUGUGUCAGAAAAAGAACUUUGCUGACUGCGAUUACACAAUUGAUUUGAAAUGGGGAGGAAGGCCUUUUAGAAAUUUAGAAAAAUGUAAAGCUGUGGCACUUCCAAAUACCGAAGUUAGAGAUGGCGUUGUGAUAAUAAAAAAUGGGUGUUCUGAAAGUUACAAACCUAAGAAGUCUGUUAUUCGGGAAACUGCUCAGAAAGAUAUUUCUCUUGGUAUAGAAAAAGUUCAUCAUGAAAUACUUAAUAGAAAACACAGAAUUAGAUCAAUAAAAAAGCAAGAAUUGUCUAAUUCUAUCAGACAGAUAAGAUAUAUCGACCAACGCCUGGAUCCAAAAUCAUCAUUGUUGAAUUUCACAGACUUAUCUCCAUCAAGUACUCAGUCUGUGUCUUUGAAGAAACAAUACAAAUGUCAUGGUUCGUUCAAAUUCUUUUCUGAAGAAAGUCGCUUUUUAUUUUCUGCUACUUCGAAAUCCAAACCCAUUAAACAUUCAUUCAGCGAUUACCUCCUUGACGCUUCUUUUCGUUGUAGCACGUUGUUAAACUUAGCUCUAGCAUUUGCAUCAAUUCAUGAAAGUAGAAGACUUAACCAUGAGAGUUUUUAUUUGGAUGAACAGCUCUUUACCAAAAACCAAAAGUUCACUGAAUUUUCAAAGCUAUCUCAAUCCCCAGACGUAAAGAAAGUUUUGUUGCCAAGCCACAAGAUGGAUAGUAUAAGUGCAGUGCCGUUACUUGACAAGAUAAGAGAAGAUAUUUCCGGUAAUAAAAUUUCUGCACCUCAUAAAGUCGCAAGCAAUAUUAUUUUGGCAACAUGCGAAACUCUCUUUUCAGUCACCUAUUUAUACUGGAGAGAAUAUUUGACAGAUAUCUCCUGUGUUGUUGUUGACUUAUGUAUUGACAGCAGUAUACCAGGAAGUCAGACAGAUGUGGUAUUAAAUCUUUUGAAUCGUUACAUUCGAUGCCUCGUCGUAACCUCCAUGACUUCGUACCGACAAAUUGAAAUUAAGAACCAAUGUGUCAGUUUUAUUGAUAAUUAUAUUAAAAAUAUUACAACUUCUUUGGAUGCAACGGAAAAUCAGCAGAUUGACUCCGACCUAGGUUUUGAUACAAAGAUAUUGUCACUUACAUAUAACCUCACAAAACUACUACGUUUAUAUGACAGAGAAGAUGGAUUAUCUGAUGAAGUCUUCCGAAAAGUUGUUGAACUAGAUUAUGAGUUAGAUGCACAUUUAGGCAAAUUAGAAAAAGAACAUUAUUUACAUGAAGAUGAGAUAUUGUCAGCCACGAACCAGAUAUUUGGCCUCACUGGUUCCUUACAAACAAAAAGAAGGACUCUUUAUCUAUGCAAUGAUAGUAAAGCAGUGGAUGAUAUCCUGCUUAAAGUUACAGCUGUCAUUGAAGCAUGCAUUCCAGCAGAUUCAUCAAUGCUGCCGUCGAUAUUACCAUGCUUGUUUUGUUGCGGUUGUGAGUUGUUAAGUGAUACAACCAAAUCAUAUAGAGACGUAUAUCUCGAGAGACUUGAGUCUAUAUCAAAGAUGGGAGUAUGUGGUGCAAUAAUUGCUAAAGAAAUCAUGAAAAGGUGUUGGCAAGAGGGAAGGAGUUGGUGGUCCAUAGAAGAGGAGUAUGGACUAGAUAUAGCAUUAAUUAUAUAA